AAGACAGCAAUGACAGAUGACGAAUUCGAUCGAAAAAGUUCAGAUCAUAAUAAUGAAGCAAGUAUACUACAAUUAUCUCAAGAGAUGCAGGAACAAAAUUUUGAUAGUAUUCGUUUCGCAUCAUAUAGAACGGCGUGCAAACUUCGAUUUAUUCAAAAAAAAGUUCACCUUGAAAUCGGAUGUAAAUGUUCGACAAACUACAAAGAAAUAAGAUAUGUUAUGGUCCUUAAGCAAAUAUAG